AUUGUCGAUAGAGGGCGCUAUUUCACCUCACCGUACAUGUGGAAUUUCUCCCAUAUCCCGCCAUUGCAACUUCGUGAGAUCUUUUCUAACAUACGGCGGGUUGAGUUGUGAAACACUCUUUCAUAAUGGCUGACAAGCUGACACGUAUUGCGGUUGUCAGCAAUGACAAAUGUAAACCUAAAAGAUGUCGUCAAGAGUGUAAGAAAUCCUGCCCUGUUGUCAGAAUGGGUAAGCUGUGCAUAGAGGUCACACCAGCAGAUAAAAGAGCCUUCAUCUCUGAAACCCUCUGCAUUGGCUGUGGUAUCUGCGUCAAGAAAUGUCCUUUUGAGGCCAUCACCAUUAUCAACCUACCGAGUAAUUUAGAGAAGGACACCACGCAUCGUUACAGUGCAAACUCCUUCAAGCUUCACAGGUUACCCAUACCCAGGCCAGGUGAGGUGUUAGGUCUGGUGGGCACCAACGGUAUCGGCAAAUCAACGGCACUCAAAAUCCUGGCAGGAAAACUCAAACCCAACCUCGGCAAAUUUGAUAGUGUCCCUGACUGGCAGACCAUCCUGAUUUACUUCCGUGGCUCAGAGCUUCAGAAUUACUUCACCAAGGUCUUAGAAGACAACUUGAAAGCCAUCAUCAAGCCACAGUAUGUGGAUCAGAUCCCUAGAGCAGUCAAGGGAACUGUGCAAUCACUCCUUGACAAGAAAGAUGAGACCAAGACACAAGUACAUAUCUGUGAACAGCUCGAUUUGAUGAAAGUUCGUGAUCGUAAUGUGGAGGAUUUGUCUGGUGGUGAGCUGCAGCGAUUUGCCUGUGCUGUAGUAUGCAUACAGAAAGCUGACAUUUACAUGUUUGACGAACCCUCGAGUUACCUUGAUGUCAAGCAACGUAUCAAAGCUGCCUCUACUAUACGAUCCUUGCUCCAACUCGACAAGUACAUCAUUGUUGUUGAGCACGAUCUUAGUGUUCUAGACUACCUGUCUGAUUUCAUCUGUUGCCUGUAUGGAUUGCCUGGUGUCUAUGGAGUGGUCACUAUGCCCUUUGGUGUAAGAGAAGGUAUCAACAUUUUUCUGGAUGGUUAUGUGCCGACGGAAAAUCUUCGUUUCAGAGAAACCUCCCUGGUCUUCAAGGUUUCGGAGACGGCGGAUGAGGAAGAGAUUAAGAGGAUGCGUCGCUAUAAAUACCCUAAGAUGUCCAAGACAUUAGGUGGUUUUCAUCUAGACAUUGAACCAGGAGAGUUUACUGAUUCAGAAAUCUUGGUCAUGCUUGGAGAGAACGGUACUGGCAAGACGACAUUCAUCCGCAUGCUGGCUGGCAAGCUCAGACCCGAUGAGGGUUCUGACGAUGUUCCUCAGUUGAACAUCAGUUACAAACCACAGAAGAUCAGUCCUAAGUCAAUGGGUACAGUGCGACAACUUCUCCAUGAGAAGAUCCGAGAUGCCUACGUCCAUCCUCAGUUCAUCGCUGACGUCAUGAAACCUCUGCUGAUUGAGAGUGUCUUCGACCAAGAGGUUCAGAAUCUAUCUGGUGGUGAGUUGCAGCGUGUUGCUUUGACACUUUGCCUUGGUAAACCAGCCGAUGUGUACCUCAUCGACGAGCCCUCUGCCUACUUAGACUCUGAACAACGUCUCGUGGCUGCAAAGGUCAUCAAGAGGUUCAUUCUGCAUGCUAAGAAGACCGGCUUCGUUGUUGAACACGAUUUCAUCAUGGCUACGUACCUCGCUGAUCGUGUCAUUGUCUUUGAAGGAACACCAUCCAUCACGACCAAGGCUAACUCGCCGCAGUCUCUUCUCAACGGCAUGAACCGUUUCCUGGCUUCGCUGGCGAUCACCUUCAGAAGAGAUCCCAAGAACUUCAGGCCCCGCAUCAACAAGAUGCAUUCAGUCAAGGAUACAGAUCAGAAGAGGUCUGGCCAGUACUUCUUCUUAGAAGACUAAAGUCCUCAGGUCGAAGGUCGCAGGGUUUCACAGGAAUCUCACUGGAAUCCACUCUGAGAUGUUGGAGUUUUGAGUUCCAGAAAUGUGUGGAUUUUGUGUGAAACUUGAAUUAAGUGGCACCCAGUUAUGUCAAGAAAAGAAGUUAUAAAGAGCAAGGUCACAAGUUAUAAGCUGGAUACAAAUAAAAAACACAUGAAUUCAUAAUUUAGGAGAAACUUCAAGGUUCCGACUGAGUUCAUAUUUCUUUCCCCAGAAGUCAUCAUCCAGAGUGUAUCAUGUUGAGUUUAAGACUGCUAUAUUGUGGCCAACUGGGUCAAACAUUUUUUUGACUGAAAAUUUAACUUUCAUGGAGUAUAUCUGGCUUUAUGUGUUUAUUGCGUCAUUGAUCCAUGAACGAGGACUCUCUCUUUGAUGCAACAACUUUUCAGAAUAGAAUGCACAAGUGGGCAUGCUUUUUUUUAAACUCUCAAUUGCAAAAAAAUAAAUGUAUUUAUCUGUUUCUUUAACUUAUACAAAGGAACAUUUUACGUUACCAGUCUUCAUAAAGCAAGGUUUUGAAAUUAAGUUACACUUGAUGUGAAAAACACUACUGUGCUAUUAUUAUUACAUUCUGUAAGAGUUGAAUAAAAUGUACUGUCCAACAUUGUCUAGAUAUCAGGAAAAUGUCCCAAAACACGCUUCUGAAAAAUACCUUGCUAUGGAGUCUUUUUGUGGGUAGAAUUAUUUCAAUUUUUAGACUGCUGCAGUUUUUUUGUUUCACUAGAUAUUCCGAUCAAAUUAUAUUUACAUUCGUGGUGUAUCAAAAACCAGACCCUGAUUUUAAAUCGCAUUUGCCUUCCACAAACAAAAAAUGGGCUAUGCUUUCUUGCUGAAUUGUCGAACGAUAUCCCCAGCAGAUUACAUGUAUAGGCCUACACAUGUGUUUCAGAAAAACGGAUAACGUUUUCGUCGUAAAUCUUGUACACUUCCGCCAUUAAAAAAGUCUGGUUAUUUGUAAUAUAUGAAUCCUGGACCACCUGAAUAAAUACAGUCAGUAAUAAAAAAAG